UCUAAUUAUCAGUAUUAUCAAGGAUAUCAACCUAUUACCCCUUCUCCACAAACAUCUCCCCCUCCAAUAUCACCAUCUCCAAAAGGAUCAAGUUUAAUAUCCUGUCCAGAUCCUCAAUGUGGGGGUGGAAAUAAAGUUACUGCUAAAUUUUGUUCAGAUUGUGGAAAGCCGAUUAAUGUUAUUAUGAACUCGAUAACUUCUGCAGUGAAUAUUUCUGAAGUGACCAAUCUUUAUAAUAAUUUGAAUGCUUACUCCAAACAACCUCUACCCUAUAGCCAACAAUAUUAUAGUUCUGAUGAUAUAAAUGAUCCUCUAGGAAGAUCUAAGGGAUGUCGGCCUAUUGUUGCGUUUGGAUUUGGAGGAAAGAUAUAUACUAUGUUCCCAAGAACAGUUCAACGCUUUACUAACACAGAUUAUAGUACGCCUAUUACUAAAUCUGCACCUGGUGCCUUUACCAUUCGUGUUCUCAAGGAUAUCAUUCCUGUAUCAGACAUUGCCGAUUUUCCGGGUCCUUUGCUUAUGGACAAUAAUAGAGGCGGUGUAAAGGCUAAAAAGAAAAAUGUAUUAAAGUUCUUAAAUGAUCAGAUUCAAGUAUCAGAAAAUAAUAUAAGUUCUUUCAAUGGCGGAGAAGUCGAAAAGGAAAAAUUGGAAUCUAUUUUAAUUGUCUGGAAUCUGUUUAAAAUAAUGUUUGAGAAUGAAGGCGCGUUAAUCGGAAGUCCAAAAGUUGAAGAACUAGUGCGUAAAAUUUUAGUUCCAUCCGCGUCUAAAAGUAACGAUGAAGCAAACUUUACAGUUCCUGCAGACACAGGCUUUGAUACCCAAAAAGGCUUGCCACAAACGCCAGAAACUUCUUCACUUACAUAUUCUGUUUCAGUAAAGUCUGUUGACAAGUUGCAAGAGAUGCUAUUAAAAGGUGAUCGUAUUGCAGCCAUUCACCAUGCUAUGAAUGAAAAUUUAUGGGCACAUGCACUAAUAAUUGCCAGCUGUGUCAAUAAAGAAUUAUGGAAAGAGGUUGUUACUGGGUUUAUUAAACAUGAAAUGGGCACCCAUAUUGGCGAAACUUCUGAAUCCAACGGAAGAGAAAGUUUAAGAGUACUAUAUUCUUUGUUUGCUGGCCAAGGACAAAACGCAGGUACGCCAAAUUAUAUAAUAAUUUUCAAUCCUAAUACAAAUGCACCUUAUGUUGUUUCUAAUGUUACAACACCAUACACCUCUUUAUCAGAUCAUAAUACUCCGCUUGAUAGUUUAGUAAAAUGGCGAGAAACGAUAGCAAUGAUUUUAGCAAAUCGAGCACCAGGAGAUAAUCAAGCAAUUUCUGCUCUCGGAGAUAUGCUUAAAGAGUAUGGAUGGAUUCAUGCUUCACAUAUCUGUUAUAUAUUAUCACCUAAUGCAUCACUUAUAUCUGGCUUUGAUGCACCCAAUGUUCGAUUUACACUACUGGGCAAUGAUUAUACACAAAAUCUUCUCAUAAAUAAUUUUUAUAAUUGGCAAUCAUUACGUAUGACUGAGAUUUAUGAAUUUGGACUUUCACUGAAUAAUAGCGAUGGUGGACUACCUCAUUUGCAAGCAUAUAAGCUGCUUUAUGCAUGG